AUGGGCAAGAGGAAAAGCUCCAGCAAGAAGCCCACGGGCUCCAAGAGACCACCUCCGCUCGACACCGUCUUCACAUGUCUCUUCUGCAACCACGAGAAGGCAGUCUCGUGCAAGAUUGACGAAAAGGCAAGGAUCGGCUAUCUCUCGUGCAAGAUUUGCGGACAGAAGUUCUCGGCGGACACAAAUCCUCUCGACCAGCCCAUCGACGUCUACUCGCUCUGGAUCGACGCCUGCGAGGACGUUGCCAACGAACAAGAGCGCUGA